UGUAUGAUGGGAGGAGAGGAAAAAUUAGGAGAGUAAAUGAGGGGAAAUGACCAAAUGUGUGUGAAAGUUGAGAGAGGGGGUGUACGACGAGAGAUCACUCUGCUCAACGUCCACCAGACCCGGCUGGAGCCAAACUGCCGCUUCCUCAGGUAGAUCUGAGUGUCCCGCCUGACGGCAGCUGGAUUAAGGGAAUUGCAGACUAUCUGAGAGUCACGUCAAACUUAUAAGAGGCGGGAUUCAGACCAAGUUUUUGGAAAGUGGUUCUUGAAGGCAUUUGGAAGCUACUGUCCGACCAGCUUGAUCGUGCAGGCCAUUCUGCCUUGCUGCAGAACUUUUCAGCCUUGCUUUCCUGACAAGGUGCAAUGGAUCCAGAGACAGGGCUUCUGCACCCAGUGUUCUGUGUAGGACUGACCGUUCUUUUCUCCUGUAUCAGGGCAGACGUGGCUCCUCACUUCUCAACAGAGCCCCACUCCACGAUACAGAAACUAGGAGGACGGGUUCAGCUUCGCUGUGCUGCAGAACCUGCAUGGACAUACAUUACGUGGCACUUCAAUGGACAAAAAUUAACAGAUAGUGGCCAAAAUGGAAUAGAGAUCCGAUCUGGAUCAUUGAUUAUUUCCAGUCUACAGAUGUCCCAUGUUGGGAGGUACCAGUGUGUGGCAAGCAGUUCUUUGGGUGUUAUAGUGAGCAGCCCUUCUUUCAUUACCAUUGCAACCUUAAGUGAUUUCCAGGCACCCAGACAGCGAGUAGUUACAAUAGAUGAAGGAAGCACAGGUGUUAUAGAAUGUCAUUUGCCCAACAGUAAACCCUCAGCACUCAUCCGUUACCGAGUGAGGGGAAAAUGGCUUGAGCAAUCUACAGAUAACUACCUGAUCCUUCCCUCUGGAAACUUACAAGUACUGAACGUCACACAGCAGGAUAAAGGAACCUACAAGUGUGCAGCUUACAAUCCAGUUACGCAUAAGAUGAAAAUGGAGCCAUUUGGGCAUAAACUGUUGGUCAGGCGUUCUGGAACCAAUCCUGCGCACAUCAUCUACCCCACAGCCCCACAAAAUGUAACAGUGAUUCAGCACAGUCCUCUGACUCUAGAAUGUGUAGCAAGUGGAGUUCCAACCCCACAUAUUCGAUGGCUAAAAGAUGGUGUGGAGUUGUCUGGAAACAAAAGGUUGAAAUUCUUUCACAGUAACCUUGUUAUUGAUCAAGCUGGAGCAAAAGAUGCUGGGAGCUAUGUGUGUAUUGCUGAAAAUGGAGAGGGUGAACCAGUAACUGCAAACUACACAGUCAUUGUUCAUGAGCCUGCAACAAUCAUCAAAGGAUUGCAAGAACUGACACUGCCUGUGGGAUCCACAGCAUUUUUAACUUGUGAAUUUCAUGGAAAUCCUCUGCCCAAUAUCACUUGGUACCACAACGCAGCUACUGUCCAAGCUGGCCUUCGACACUUUGUCUCUGGGAACAGAAUGAAGAUUGUGGAAUUAAAUAUUGAGGAUGCUGGAAUGUAUCAGUGCAUGGUGGAAAAUGGGAUUGGUUCUAUGCAAUCAUCAGCGAGACUCAUAGUCCAAACAGAUAGGGACAAAAAGCCUGUGAUUAUCUCCCCACCCACCAAUAUGAGAGUGACUGAAGGCGAGUUUGUUAUAUUAACUUGCAACGCCACUGGACAACCAACACCCAUUAUCCGCUGGUUCGAUCGUCACGGGCUGAUUAGCAGCCAUCCUUCUCACAUUCUUCGGUCAAAAUCCAGGAAUUCUCAACCCCUUGGUACGGGCAGUGCAAACUCCAAUACUCCUCGCCUCACUGUGUCCAGAGCUGGAUCAAGCUCUCUUUACAUACGCACCGCAUCAUUGGAAAGUUCUGGGCAAUACAUCUGUGAAGCCUCCAACAAAAUGGGUUCAGUGCAAGCAGAAGCUUUCCUCUCAGUUGUUUCCAUUGAAACAAAGGCCGGGGUUGAUGACCUAGAGCCCACAAUACCGGCAAGAGGUUCGGAUAUCGUUCAGAGUGACGAAGGUGAUGAAAGCAUAGACUAUGAUUAUAACCACGACGUUGUGCUCCAACAACAGCAGCCAACAAAGGAGUUUGUUGCCCCUAAGGGAACGCAGAAGACAAAUGUUGCCUCUCCACCCGAUGCUCCCAUCAUUCUCAGUGCUCCAUAUACCACUAAUCCAGAUAGUUAUGAUUUGAUCUGGAGAGCAGGAAAAGAUGGUGGCUCACCCAUCAAUGCCUACUUCGUCAAGUAUCGCAAGCUUGACAACCAUGAGAAUAUGUUGGGAAGCUGGCACACGAUUCGGGUUCCUGGUAGUGAGAAUGAACUGCAACUCGCUGAGCUUGAAUCCUCUAGCUUGUAUGAAGUACUAAUGGUUGCACGAAGUGCUUCUGGUGAAGGUCAGCCAGCCAUGCUGACAUUCCGAACUGGCAAAGGGCGAUCCUCAAAGUCAAAGGAAACCCCUCGGAUACCUUCACAACCAGUGGGAGUCCCCAAGCAAACAGCAGUCGAGGAUAAGGGCAACACUAAUUUUGGUGUGGUAAUCCACGAUCCAGCACGCCAUAGCGGAGUCCCUGAGGCACCAGAUCGACCUACAAUCUCAACUGCCUCAGAAACAUCUGUGUAUGUGACUUGGAUCCCAAGAGCAAAUGGCGGCUCUCCCAUCACCUCUUUUAAGGUGGAGUACAAACGCAUGGGAAGGAAUAGUGACUGGCUGGUGGCAGCAGACAGCAUCUCUCCGUCAAAACUCUCAGUAGAAGUACGAAAUCUUGAGCCAGGUGCCACUUAUAAGUUCCGUGUGAUCGCCAUUAAUGCCUAUGGUGAAAGUCCAAGAAGUGCAGCCUCACGGCCAUACCAAGUGGCAGGAUUCAGCAACCGGUUUUCGGCACGUCCAAUCGCAGGUCCUCACAUUGCUUAUACAGAGGCUAUCACUGACACACAGAUUAUGCUGAAGUGGACGUAUAUUCCAUCAAGUAACAAUAACACUCCCAUACAAGGAUUUUAUAUCUACUAUCGACCUACAGACAGUGACAAUGACAGCGACUACAAACGAGAUGUAGUGGAAGGAAACAAGCAAUGGCAUCUCAUCAAUCAUCUGCAGCAUGAGACCUCGUAUGAUAUCAAGAUGCAAUGCUUUAAUGAAGGUGGUGAAAGUGAAUUUAGCAAUGUGAUGAUCUGUGAGACCAAAGCACGAAGACCUCCUGGAUCCUCUGUGGUGAUGGGGGAUGACUUGAGUACACAGCCGAAUCUUGCUGACCACUUAGGGGGUGGACAUGGGGCAUCUUCCUCAAGCACACGGAGCAGCGACAUGUUAUACCUGAUUGUGGGCUCGGUGCUUGGAAUCAUGGUUCUUAUCCUCAUUAUCUUCAUUGCUAUGUGCCUAUGGAAGAAUCGCCAACAGACAACACUACAGAAAUAUGAUCCUCCUAACUACCUCUAUCAAGGCCAGGAAGUAAAUGGACAGCUGAUGGAGUACACUACUCUGCCAGGCACCAGCCGAAUCAAUGGAAGCAUCCAUGGCAGCUUCAUUGGCAAUGGGAGCCUGAGCAAUGGUUGCCCACACUUGCACCACAAGGUUUCAAAUGGAAUGAAUGGAAUGAUGAAUGGGGGGAUGAAUGGAGGGACAACGCUCUACCCAGCCAGCCAUACAAACUCUCUGCCAAGUACCCACAUGGACUACGACCAAGCUCGCCAUGUUAUGAAUGGUGGUGGGAUGUACAAUGCACUUCCUCAGACGGAACCAUCAGAAUGCAUCAACUGUCGCAACUGUAGGAAUAACAACAGAUGUUUCACUAAAACAAAUGGCACUUUCCCCAGCAACAAUUUGCCCAUGAUUCAGCUAACUCCAACCUGCCAUGAAGACGGCAUGGAGAUGGUGCCUUUAAAUCACAUCAUUUCUCCAUUAUGCCCUGGAACCAUUGUCACUGAAAACAACAGUGAGGCAGAGUAUGAUGGUUCAAAAGAAAAUGCUGAACAGUCCCUUUCCCAAGACUUUUGCUGCAGUGAGAACCAAGACUGUGCAUUUGAGGACAAUAUAGAAGGCGACAAAUAUCCUGACUUGGAAAAUGAGAACCAAACUCUGAGCUGUGAUCCUCCUCCUUCCAACUCUGCUCCAAUGGACAAUGACAAUGCAACAGCCUGGAGUACAACAGGACUUGCUGAAGGCAACACUUGCAAGGAUCCAACAGAAGGAGAACUGAAGAAAACCUAGGGAACCGUUCCCCGUUUGCCUGAAGCCUAUAACUGCACCGAAGUCACUGAAAGGACCAAGGAGGGAUCAGAAGAUGACACUAUUUAUUUUUUUUGUAGUAGUAAAAUAUUACUCCCUAUGAAUGUAUUUGAUUUAAAGAUGUCUUCACCUUUUUUAAUUAUUUAUACUAUCAGAGGAGAAAUUCCUUUUCUGCAGAAUGUGGAGUUUUAGCCUUGUUUUGUAUAAAGUUUUGUAAUAAUAUAAAGAAAGAGGAAGCUAUAGAAAUUGUUAAUUAAUAUUGGAUCAUACCUAUCUGGUGGAUUGAAAAGCACUUGGAAGGAGGACAUUUUGAGAUUCAAUGCCCAGAUUGUGAGAGACAAGAGCUGAUCCCUGAAAGGACCCGUAGGACGGGUAAUGCAAAUAGAGGGUUUUGUGGUAACAGGAACCUAUGUGUAUUACAUAGGGACAGUAGUUGCUGAUAUGUAGGUAAUAGGACUGGUAAAAGAACUGCUCAAUCCUGUCAUACAUGAUUAUUAGACUGACUCCAUUUACAUGGACCAACUUGAUCAACAUCAAGUCGAAAGCAUCCUCUCCUGUUCGCAUUAUAAUCAUGAAUCUGUUGCCAAUAUAUAAUAUCCCUAUUGAUUUUUUAAAAAAAGUGAACCUUAGGUGGGAUGUGGCCUCACCACAGGUCAGAAGCCAGGAUGUUCAGUUUCCAUCAAUGGCUGAAGAAACGUGGCUAAGUAAGAUGACCAACUCCCACCUUUCACUGCUUGGCUUUGUGCUGAAUAUUUAGAAUUUGCUUUCUAAUAAAACCAGUCAGUUCCGUGUACAGUAAAGCAUUCAAUGUCCGUGUAAAUGGAGGUGCGACUGCUAGCCCAAUAGCUUCACCAGUCUUUACUCAUAUAAAACAAAGAUGCGCAGCAGGUCCAACUGCAUCUACUAACCGUCAACUGCUAUUAUGGUAAUGCUUUGUUUAACGAGGAGUGUGACAGUUUUAACUAUUUAGCUGUACAAUUAAUGCACUUUUUGGAUGCAUUUACCCAGCUGUUACAAUAUUGACUUAAUUUUUAAUUGAGGGGAAAUGAAGUUUCGUUGACACUGUUUGAAUUUGGUUGGCGUUGCGGCUUUACAUAUUACAGAUGCAGUAUGAUGGUGUGCUGUUUCAUGAUCUCCUUUCAUUCUUAUUGUGCAUUGUAUUUAAGUGUGUAGGUGAUUAUUAAUGAUGUGUCCAGUCUUCAGGUACUCUUGGUCACAACUUGACUGUAGCAGCUUUGAAUCUGGGUAUUCCUGGGUAAGGAAGGAACAAAGGCUUCCAAAAUGUGCACUUUCCCGAUUCUGCCAUGAGUGUUUAUUAACAUUUGGUGAAGUAAGAUGGAGAGAAGCAGGAACCUCUGGCUCUGACACCUUUAGCUCAGUGUAGCCAUUCGGCCUCUGGGUUCACUUGAUGCCUCCAUUGGGUCCAAAGUGAGCUAAAUUUCUCUUUCCCCUGUUGGUUAUGCAUUUGCUCCUUGACAGGUUUAACGUAGUUUUAUUUCAAUGGAUGCCUGCCUUGUAGUCACUCCAGUUCCCUGAUUUCCUGACCACUCUUCUAUUGACCUCUCCCUCAUCAUCAUCUACCCACUGUAACCUCAGAUUCUGCUGUGAAACAAUUAGCUUGUAUACCAGCCAUCUGUCUUUCUAUUUGCAAUUGGUUAAUCAUACCAAAAAUAAAUGCCCCAGUCAUUUCCAAGCUGCUAGCAGUUCACUGGAAAUUCACUGGCUGUUCAAGCUACUUUCUUCCUAUUUCUAUGGGGUUGAUUCUUGCUCUAGGCUGGACAAGGACUCCUAGCAACUAGUCAAGAGCUAGUAUCAGAAUAAAACCAAAAUAUAAUACUCAAUGGCUCUUAUCAGAGUAAUGUUUUGGUUAGGAUUCUGUUGGAAAUGAACAAAUUCCCCUGGUAGGAAAAAAUGUAAAUAUCAUGGUAAAAAUUCUUUCCAAAACAUUGCUUAUUCAAGGAGUUUGCACUUUUAAACCUCCACCCAACCCCAGCAAUGCAUUAAGGUAACAUAGAUCAUCCUUCACAAUAAAUCUACUGGCUCAAAACAAUGAUGUAAGCAAAUAUUUAACAUGUUUUAUCAAUCAUGUGACUUUAGAAAGGUUGUAGAUUGUUUUAUUUUUUACUUGCGUUAUGAAACACCUAGUGUUGGGAAGGGCUUUUAAAUCUCCCUAAUCCUACAGUUAAGAAGAUCAAAAGUCCAACAUUUAUUAUAAUGUGUUUUCCUCUGCAAAAAUAAAUUUAGCAUUAAUAGAUUUGUGUUAAAUUCCUCUCCAUAUCAUAAACAGGUUAGCAACUUCCAAGGUACCUGUAAUUUCAAAGUAUGGUACAAAGUUAUUUAUUCCAAUGGCACACUGCUGAUUCAGAGCCUCACACAGGUUGGAAAAUGUCAAACAUCCCUUAAUUUUCUGUGGUGCAGUAAAAUAGACAGGUACAAUUAGCCUCUCUUCUAGGCAUUGUGGGGGUGGUUAGGAGACUGGAUAAGGUACACCUGAUGCUGUUUGUAAUGCCUAUCUGGACAUCAGUUGAUAAGACAAUCUGAGUCUGGCUGCAACAAAUUCAAGAGAUAGUUCAUGGUUUUCUGUCAACAGGAAACUGCACAGACUUUCCUGGAGCCUUGCAUAUUGUAAAUAAUUACCCUCAAAACACUACAAGACUUUCACAGAUUAUCCCCAUAUCCCCCAGUGAUGAUUCAUAAAACAUCAAACUGCCUAAGUUUUAUUGUACUCUUAUACUUCACCCUCUAUCAGAAACAAAUAGUGUUUUUUAAAUGCAUGUUUUUGUAUUAUAUAGAAAAUAUGCUAUAUUUUCAUAAAUGGUUGUAAUAUUCUUGUUGAAAUUGUACAUAUUUUUCUAAAUAUGAUAGCUCAGUGAAAUGUUUGUAAGAUACUGUUAAUAUUAAAGAUGAUGCUGUUGCCUCCAUUUGCUGUGUCUGGGUGGUGGUGCAGCAACACUGUAGCACCCAGAA